UGCCAUCCGUCGAGACCAUGCCUGCACCAUUCUAACUCGUGCUUCCCCUCGAAUCCUGCAGCAGUAGCGCAUCCAACAUCUUGACUAGGAGAGCUCCAGGUCAGAGGAGCCACCACCAUCUUGUCGUCCGUAACCAGUCUAUACCUCAAUCGCCUACACGCUCAGAUCGCACUCAUGGCCACGGAGAAUGAACCUGGAGACGAUUACAUCAGGCGCAUCGCGACCUAUAUCCGGAAUCGUGAACAGGGACUCGCAGCUGCUGCCGUUGUACGCAGACGACACAAGAAGGCGGUGUCAGAGGCGUCCGUGCUCAAUCCUUUGACCUGGUUCGCUUCGGACAACGCUGCUGCUCCUCAAGCAAAGCCAGUCGUGCUCACAUUUGACAUGCAUCACUUAUUUUACCUACUGAUGCGCCUCGAAGCUCUCGGCAUCGAUGUCGGCUCCCUGGACGUGCGCGUCGACAACCCAUCACGACCGAUGAACUACAUCAAUGUAUUUCCCAACGGCGACAGAUCAGAUACCCUUUCAUUCGUCUCCUUCCGCUCGUCACUAUCCGCCGUCUCCAAGCUCUCCCUCGGCUCGGGCUGGUGGGGCAGACCGACGCCACCGAGCGUCGAUUCCGAGCUCAAGUACAUUUACAGUUGUUUCACGAAGCUCCCUGCACUUGCAUUGCACGCGCCGGAGGCGAAGUUAAUCAUGGAGCUCGCGAACGAAGUAUCGAAUGAGAGCGCUCUCCCGCUCGAUGCGUUCAAGAACCUGCAGACGCUGUGCUGUAUCGAUAUUGACCCGCGUACGCUGCUGGGCUGGGACCGGCUAGCAGAAAGCCUGCGGAGCUUGUCAAUCAAGAACAGCGGCUUGGAGGAUGUAUCGGACGUUUUUAUUGGUGCUGUGCUCGACGACCAGGCGCGGCGCGAGGGAAAGACCGGCGGCGCGAGCGCAAGGCAGCUCUCUCGAGGCCUGGCGCGCACCUCCUCUUUUCAUGCUACACGACUUCCUCAGUCGGUGCCUGAGGACGCCGAAGACGAUACUGACAGCCCUCCUACGUCCAGCUCGGAAGAGAGACCGACGGUUGUUGAGGAGACGCCAACACCUGUGGAGGAGAACUCCCAGUCCUCCGCGCUGUCUGCACUCAAGUGGACAUUCUUGCGGCACCUCUCUCUGUCCGAUAACGCUCUCACAUUCCUCCCAACCGCCCCACUACCCUAUCUUACAUCCGUCACUCACCUUGAUCUCUCGUCUAAUCUCCUGAUAUCUGUUCCACCUGGCCUCUCGUCGCUGUACAAUCUCGUCUCGCUCAAUCUAUCAGACAACAUGAUCGACUCCGUCCUCGGAAUCUACACCGUUCUCGGAAACGUUCUAUAUCUUAAUCUCUCCCGGAACCGACUAGAAUCAAUAUGUGGGCUCGAGCGGUUAUUGGCACUUGAACGCGUUGACCUGCGGGAGAAUCUCAUUGAGGAGAGCGCAGAGAUCGGGCGAUUGGCAACGCUGCCCAACAUCGCUGAAGUAUGGGUGGAGGGCAACCCGCUGACAGAGAUCGAAGAGGGUUAUCGAAUACGGUGCUUCGACUAUUUCACCAAGGAGGGCAGAGGCAUCCUGCUAGAUGGCUCACCACCUGGUUUCUACGAGAAGAUGUACCUAACAACUCCACCGUCUGAACAGAUGACUUCUGCGCGGCCCCCUUCGGCGGUGUCUCCUCCAGUGGUCGCUGUCAGCAGCCCCUCACGGUUGAAUGGUGCAUCGUCUGCACAAGGUAGCCCGCUGUUGUCUCCAUCAUCUUCAUCAUCUCCUGGGUCGCAUGCCGGAUCACCGCAGCUUGCGGCUGUGAGGGGACGGCGGAAGAAGAACAAGCGAAUUGUGGACCUGGACGGUGGCAGUCAGGAGGUUAGCGAGGCGGACAGCUCGAAGGAUGCUUCUCAAGUUCGUGGCGCUUCCGAGGCCCGUGCACGGCCAUGGCGAGCGUUCAGUUCGGAGUCAAAGAAUAAGCAGCCCGAUUCUGCGACCGGCUCUGCGCCUGACGCGGGUCCAUCCACUGAGGGAUCGCCCGCCCAUUUGGCUGUGCUCCCCAUCAACACGGCCGUCCGAAUGCUCCCAAGGUCUCGCCACAGCCGCCACCUCACCGACAUCAGCCCUAGCACCGGUGGCAUGCAUGACGACGGAACGACGUUCAGUCCUACCUCCCCCCGCGGGUCCAUGCGCAAGUCGGCUACUCGGCGAGCACGCGUAACGGCGUCGUUGUACGAGCCCGCCAUUGGGCAGCAAGACGAGGCAGAUCAGUUCAAGGAAGCAGACGCCUUCCGGGCACGGAUAGAGGCGUUGCGAUCAGACAUGGGUGACGGAUGGUUGAAGGUGUUGAAUCAGUCGCAGCUGGGGUCGCCGGGGGUGGCGUCCAGUGGAUAGCACGGAUAUGAUUAUCCCCUCUCACUUACCUCUGGAGUAUAUAGUGUACAUCUUGCUGUAGACGGGUUAUUUGCUGGAUAUCAUGAUAUGUUUUAUGAGCUGGUGUAAGC